AUGAAUCGGCUCCGCCAUCCCCGCCUUGCUGCACCACCACUCCUCCGCCUCAAACUUCCUCAAUCCGUCCACGGCUGCCAUACCUGUCAAACCCCAACACACCCUUCUCUCCCCCUGUCUGACCCGUCAUUCAAAUCCAAAAUUGUAGAACUCAUCACAAACCAACACUGGUCAGAGCUUAAACCCCUGCUAAAACCCACAACUCCAUCCAAUUUUCUCCAACAAUUAUUCGACCACAACUUCCCUUCACAUUCCAUUCUCACCUUCUUUAGAUGGUCCCAACAUGGUUUCCAGGUUUCCCAUUCUUUACAACAUUUAUGCAAGUUAAUAGCUUUACUAGCAAAUGAUAAAAAAUACGCAAAAAUCCGAUCUUUAUUGCAUUUUUCUGUUAAAAAAACACCACCUUUUUCGGUUUCUUCGUUUUUUCACACACUAGUGACUUGUAGUGAUGAUUUUUGUGCUAAUUCUAUUAUUACUGAUAUGCUGAUACUAGCUUUAGUGAAUAAUAAAAAAUUGGAUUUAGCUGUAGAUGGGUUUAGGAGGGCUGGAGAUUACGGGUUUAAGUUAUCUGUGAUUUCGUGUAAUCCAAUGUUAGGAGAGUUGGUGAAGAAUGGAAAAGUUGGAACCAUGGAGUUUGUGUUUAGGCAGAUAACUAAGAGGAGAGUUGAUGUUAAUUUGAUUACUUUUAAUGUGGUGAUCAAUGGUUUUUGUAAGGCUGGAAAGUUGAAUAAGGCAGGUGAUGUCGUGGAGGAUAUGAAGGUUCUGGGGAUUAUGCCUAAUGUGGUUACUUAUAAUACUUUGAUUGAUGGAUUUUGUAAGAAAGGUGGGGCUGGUAAAAUGUAUAAAGCUGACGCACUUUUGAAGGAGAUGGUGGAGAAGGGCGUAUUCCCAAACAAAAUUACAUAUAAUGUGCUGAUUGAUGGGUUCUGUAAGGCUGAUAAUGUGGUUGCUGCAUUAAAGCUUUUUAAAGAGAUGAAAGAGCAACAGAUAACACCAAGCAUAUCAACUUAUAAUUCGUUGAUUAAUGGUCUUUGUGGUGAAGGGAAAAUUGAUGAAGCUCUUGGUCUGCGAGAUGAAAUGGUUGGAUUAGGUUUUGAGCCAAAUAUAAGGACUUAUAAUGUAAUCCUAAAUGGAUUUUGUAAGAAUAAAAUGCUAGAGGAAGCUAAAGAGAUGUUUGAUGAUAUUGUGAAGAAAGGCGUCGAAGUCAAUGCAUUGACUUUUAAUACAUUAAUUGAUGCUUAUUGUGAAGCUGGAAACAUGGAUAAAGCUAUAGCACUUCAUCAAUUAAUGUUGACUCAAAAGGUGUGCCCUAGUGUUGCCACAUACAAUUCCCUUAUCGGUGGUUAUUUUCAAGAGGGUAACUUAGGAGCAGCUAACAAGCUUUUGGAGGAAAUGGAGGAGAAGGGUUUGAGAACUGAUCUUGUCACCUACAACAUACGUAUAGAUGAACUAUGCAAGAGAGGAGAAUCUAGAAAAGCAGUUAGACUUCUAGAUGAGAUCUUUGAGAAGGGCCUAAUUCCUAGUCAUAUUACUUAUAAUACUUUGAUGGCUGGCUAUUGUCGAGAAGGAAAUCCUACUGCAGCUUUGGUAGUGAGGAGACGAAUGGAAAAGGAAGGUAAGCAUCCUAAUGUGGUAUCAUACAAUGUGUUGAUUAAGGGAUUCUGCCAGAAAGGUAAGUUGGAGGAAGCAAAUUCCUAUCUUAAUGAGAUGUUGGAGAAAGGAUUGGUCCCAAAUAGGAUGACAUAUGAAAUUAUUAGGGAGGAAAUGAUGGAGAAGGGUUUUGUCCCUGACAUAGAUGGGCAUCUCUAUACUGAUUCUGUUAGUGUUUAGCCUUAUAGGCAAAACUUAUUGUGGUCUUAUAGUGGCUAAGGUUUUACUGUACUAUCAUGUGGAUGAAAGAGAUGAAGCCUGAAGGGUCGUAAAGUUUUGGUUUGCCGUCUUUCCCUAAUGUCAGUGUCUGUCUAAUGCUGGUUGUAAUGCAUUUGCUUGGCUCAACUUUUGCUCAAAACUGCGGGGGUGCUCAAGGGUCAGAAAUGAAAGUACAGUGUCAGCUUUUAAGCUGUAACUCCAGUCUUAAUCAGGUGCUCUCUUUGAUACUAGUUUAUCAAAUGCAGAAGGUUUUCUAUUCAUCAUAUCCACAGUGAAGCUUUGUGCAAUAAUUGGAGGUACUAGACAAGUCAUGAAGAUCUUGAACAUCGUCUCAAGUAGGGAAACCUAGACUUCCUCCAAUACAUACCCUGUUGCUUUUUCAUGUUCAAAACUUGACAAAAUCAAGCGAGGGUUUUCAAUUGUGGGGGGGUGGUCGUCAGUGCAUAUAAAUUCAUAUCGAUUGGGUCAGCUUCUUUACGGUUGUGCUCUUCAGCCUAUACUCAAGCUUUAGCCCUACAAAUGUGCUGUUUCACAGAAAACUCAGGCACACUAUCGCUGUUUUCAGUUUGAGCUUUGCAAUUUUCCCUUGGAUGAGUUUAAAAUUGCUGCAGCUCCUUGCCGCAUGUCAAACUUAGUUAAGGAAGAGCUUAAUUAGUUGAUAUCAAGUUCUGUUAUUCUUUCUUGCUCUUAAUGAAUGGAGUCACUACUCUUUUUGGUGAUACAACUCAAAUUGGUGAUCAUUUUACUUUUGGUGUCAGCCAUAAUAAUGGGAAAAAUCAGGGAAAAUGCUUAUGCAGAGUAAAAAGAGAAGAAUUCAAGCAAACAGAUUCUUUUUGUAAUUUAGUUGCUUCUCCCCAGCCCAAUGUUACUUCGUGAUUCUAGUUGCUGGUUCAAUUAUGUUCUGCUCCCUUUAUUCAUUCAUUUUUAAGAACGUGGCAUGCAAUUGAACUCAAUCAUGUUAACCCUUCACGUUGUGAACGAUAUCUUCAGUCUCAUGGCUCAAACCAAAAUUGGAGAAGAUCCAAUUGUUACCCGAUGCGUUGGUUCCACCAUUGAAUUUGAAGCCGAAAAGAAUUUUGGUUGUCUGAGACAAAAAGAGAAUCUAAACUGAGUAAGAGACCUCAUCUUGAACAAAUUGACAAAAGCAUAUUGGCCAACUGUACCAAGGGAUAAGGAAGUCAGCAUAUUGGCUUGAUGAUUUUUCAAGGAUUAGGAGCAUAUUAGGUGGUUUUCUUUCUUACACGUGUUUUCCUCUUGGUCUUGCGAAAUGCAUAUAACAUUCGUCUUCGGAAAAGUCAGAAUAAAUUGUCCGACAUACAGGAUGCACGGGGGACAUUUCAAUUUGAGAUGAUCAGCAUAUUUACGUGCUCAGCAAAAUCAUAAAUUAAGAAUUGAGGGCAUAGGACUUCCAUCCAUGUUGAUAGAGAAAGAUUGAAGGAAUUGCAAUGGAUGGAGAGAUGGUGAACGAUAUUCCUGAGGAUCCAAUCCAAAGAGAGAUAGACCAAUUAGAUGAAUCAAACAAGAAAACGGAGCAAAAUAUUCGAAAGCUGGAAGCAAGAGCAGCCCAAAAUGUCAACCUAUAUUUCAUAUUCCAAGCAGUGAUUCUUGCGUCAAUCACCUCUGCCUCAUCUCUCAGGUGUCAUCACUGGUGGCUUCCAUUGACCCUCUCACUUCUUGUUGCCGUCCAAAACUUGUUCACCUUUGUCAGCGCCAUGUACAAAAUUGUCAAGUCAAAAGAAGAGCUCGAUCAGGACACCUUGGACCUUGCUUUCAUCAAGUUGUACAGGAUCAAAAGGGCUCAACUCAAUCAGGUAUUGCCUGGAACCCCGUUCGAUCAACUGCAGGGUGGUUCUCGAGUCGCUAAACAAGGGAAUAAUCAGAGUUUUAGGCCAAAGCCGGGCUUGUUUAGCCGGUGGAAACGCCGUUUACUUGUUUAUUCUUCCGUUGCUCUGUUUGUUGGCUUCAGUGUUGCUAUAAUGUAUGGCUGCUACAGCCUUCUUUGCCGUUCCAAUGAGGAAAAGUGUGUGAAAGUCUGCUAAAUGGUGACCACAAGUUAAAAUUACCUUGUUGGUUGAGGCCUAAGGACUGAUUGUCAACCUGUAUAGUAGUCAUUUUAAAAAAAAAUAAAUAUAAGAUAAGAGUGUAUGACCUUUUCUUUUC